AACAGUUUCCAAGUUUAGAGCUGCUUCUACUGCCAUGACAUUCUAUCAACAGUUUGUUUUACAGUUUCUUGUUGAAGUGUCGUUUAAAGAAAGAAAGUAAGUAAAGCGUACAGAGCGUUUUAAAAACAGACGUAACCGUCACUUCUCAGGGAAGCGGCGCACGAGCCUCGCGACAACUUUCGUCACCUAGCAACAGGAGCCGUUGGUGAGAAGCGCUCCGAGUCCCAAAUUGAGGUGUUGGCGGCUUCAAGACCAAAAAGUAGACACGGCCCUGAAAUGGAGAUGCUGCUGUAGGUAUGUAAUGUUUUCACUUAGCACUGCUGUUUGUUGUUUACCAGCUUUUUACCCAACCUGAAUGUCAACUUUACUGUUACCUCUCCUCAGCUAGCUACAGGAACUAGCCUGAGCCUCGACAGGAGAGCCGUUGACCCUAACCGUCGACCCUAACCGUUAACCCUAACCAUUAACCCUAACCGUCGACCCUAACCAUCGACCCUAACCGUUAACCCUAACCGUCGACCCUAACCGUUAACCCUAACCGUUAACCCCAACCGUUAACCCUAACCGUCGACGGAAGGAAAAACGCUUCUCGAAGUGACCUCAAUCUCACUACGCUGUUAGCGUCGCAACUAGAGGCCUAUUUAUUACCGAGGUAUUUCAUUUCACUUUAAUUGUACUUACUUAGCACCUCUGGUUGUUGCUAGAUAGCUGGCAUUUUGCCUAACCUAUGAGUCAGCUAUAUUGUCGUUGUUGGCAGGUAGCCGUCAAAGCCAUUAGCUAACUUUCUUUAAUUACCUUGAAAACUGACCAGGUAUUAAAACUGUGGACAUUACAGGAUGGAGAUAAAGGAAAAGAGAGUAGAGAUGUGCAGAUCAAUACUGAAAUAUCAAUACUUCUGAUACCAGAUCUUUAUGCUCUAAAAUCGAUUCCCAAAUCAAAAUAUUGAUACUUUUGAUACUUCAGUCGUUUGAGGCAAAGUAUGUCAUUAACAGGAACACAGUGGAAAGUAACGUAACCAUUGAGAUCUUGUCUAAAUGAUACGCGGUUGGUAGGAACUAUAAGUUCUAGUUCUCAAUAAUUAAACAAUAAUUUAUUUUAAUGGUUUUAUACUUGUUUUCUUUUUUUGUGUGUUAAAACACAAUUUUCACAUAUAUUGUAUGAUUUUGUCCUCUGUUUGGUUUUUCUGUUGUUGUAUUAGCUAUAUUGUAAAUGAGGCCGCUACCUCGAUAUAAUUACAAGUUUAAAAUAAAAAAAUUACUCAGAAAUACAAUACUUUUUUAGAUUUACCAGACACAUGUAUUUGCACAAAGUAUCGGUAUCGGAUCCGUGUCGCCGAUACCAGCCUGAAUUUUACUCAACAUCGGAUCGGAAAGGAAAUCGGUGGUAUUGAACAUCACUAAAAGAGAGAAACGUACAGCUCAACAUUGUGUUCAGUCCAAGACCAGCAGCACAGGAAGGUACAGAACCCUCACUAUAGGUAAGGGCCAAUUCACACAUGGUAAAUUAUGUCAUAUACUGAAUUCUAUAUUACUUUAUUUUAUUGUAGCAUGAAAAACUGAGUAAUAUUAAUUUGUCAGAUUCUUCCAUGGCCAUUUUUUUAAAUCUUGGUUUUGAUUUAGAAUGUUAAAGUGAAAAAUAAUGUUUGGGUGUUCAUUUUCACUGUUGACCUUAUUUUUGAACGUGGAAGUAAAGCUAUUCCGCACUUCCGUAUUUUCUGACGGACAUCCGGUUCAUAAUAUUCGCCAUUGCUUUCUAUUUUCUUCGCCCCUGCCCCUCAAACAGCCCGAGUACAUGGCUGUGCAACUGUCCAUAUCUGAGAAUUUAAAUAAGAAAAUAGUUAUUUAAAUUUUGAAUUCAGUCCAGUUUUCUUGAAAAACGUUAGAGAAUCGUGAGUGAAUCGUAUCAUGAACCAAAAAUCGGGAUUGGAAUCGAAUCAAAUCGUGGGUUGAGUGUAUCGUUACAUCCCUAGUUAACCGCCUGCGUUUGUUUAACCAAUGAAAACAAGGUGAAUAGUAUUACCAUGGCUGACUGUGAGAGAGCUGUCAAUGGGUCUCAAGGUAAUAAGAAACAUAUCUUUCUACCUUGAGUCCUGCCAAAGGUGCCAAUUAUGACAUUUCUGCUUUCAUUACUCAUUGGGAGUGAGACAUUUUGUGCCACAGGAACAACACCCAGGUACUCAGCUGUCAAGCCAAAACACAAAAUCACCGCUAUCUCUGGGGCUAAUGACACUUUGGUGGCUGUGACCUCUGACCUCCCUCCCUGAGGAUGGUCCUCUUCCCGAGGGAAGUGAUGACGUCCGGAGCCUGCCUGCAUCAUCAGCCACAAGUCGGCUUCAUUCUCACACUGGAAGAGGCAGAGUGUGGGGGGAGCAUCGGUGAUCACCAUGGCGACAAAUGCAGAGUGACGCAGCUCCAUCAUGUUUUGCCCUGACUGUGGCAAUCAAGUGGAAAGCUCUUUUAAAUUCUGCCCUAACUGUGGCUUCAAACUAUUUCUCUUGACUCAAAAAAGAGUGGGAGAUGCGGCUGCGUCAGCACAGAAACCCUCAGUCACUGCUGAGGAUGUCAACCAAAAUAAGGAUCAAGACCAGGUUCCGAAAGAUGUUAAAGAAGAACAAGAAAUCACGAUCCAGAAUAAGGGGCAGCUGGCUAGUGAUGACUUAAAGCCAGCAAGUAAUGGCAGAACAUCAGAGGACAGGUCAGAUAACUCUGCCCGUCCAGUCACGUCAGAACAAGGAGCAACACCUUUAGCUGAUAAGGAAGACAGUCUGUCUGCUACAGCCCAACAAGAGAGUAUUUCUCAACCAUGCAGUGAGGCAGCCCUUGCAUUAAGCCCACAACCUACCACCUUUAUACCUGCCAGUGAUAAAACAGAGGUCAAGUCAGAUAAUACUGCAGGGGCAAGCCCUGAUGUAGAGCAAAUUCCUGCCAACAAGCCAAGUGAUAUUCACUCUGCAACAUUGUUAAGCAGUGAGUCAUUGCAAACAUCAGCUAAAGAAACUGGCUCCACUCCAUCUGAUCAAACAUCUCAGGAAUGUGAUUCAGUGGUGAAGAAGUCCGCUUCUGAUCAAGAAAAAGAUGAGAUACAAAAUUUGUCUAACGAGAAAGAUGCCAGAGCAAACUGUUCCCAGGAGCAGAAUGGUAGUGAUGACCCAGAGUCAGCCAGAGAUGGCGCCACAACACAGGACACAUUAGACAGCACAACUAGCCAAGGAGCAGAGGAAAAAGGAGCCUUGUCUUCAUUAUGCAAUCAGACAGUCAGUGAAUCAAUCGCUGCCCAAAAGCCACAAGUCUUUGAAACUUGCAGGAAAGUAGAGGGGCUAUCUGCUACAGCUCCUGAAGGUAACUUCCAACCAUGCAGUGAGGCAGCCCCAGCACCAAACCAGUCUGAGGAAGGUGUAGCAGAGUCAAAGGCAGUGAGAACAGAGCAACAAACAGACGCCCCUGACAUAAGUACAGAGGACUGCCGUGAUCCAGUUCAAAUUCCUGCCAACAAGCCAAGUGACAUUCACUCUGCACCUUUGCUCAACAGUGGGCCAUUACAAACAUCAGCUAAAGAAACACGCUCCACUUCGACUGAGCCAUCUGAUCAGACACUUCAGGAAUGCAAUUCAGUGGAAGAAAAGGCAGUCGUUCAAAGAGCACAAAAUCUCUCUGAGAAGCAGGAAGAUGAUAAAACAUACGCCAACAUUGAACAGCAAACAUCUGCUAAAAAAAGAGAUGAGAAAGAAGACCAAGCAGCCAGAAAUUCUGCUGAUUCACGAGCUGUAACACAGGAAACAGCCAAAAGUCCUCAGGCUGUUGAAACUAAAUCAAAGGAGAAAAACCCACAUCUGACAGAGGGAAAGGAACAACCAUCAGGCAACAGGGAUGUAGAAAUAUAUACAUCACCAUUGCCUUCCUGCCCACCCAAUCAGGCUAAAGAGAAGUUGGGCCCUAAUGUGGCCACAAAUAACUUUGAAACAUCCAUUCAUCUUCAGGCCCCACAAAUUUUACCAAGCAGCAAAUACAUAUUUGUGUAUUUCCAUGCCGUAACCUCCAAAGACUGGGAUCCAGAGGACAAGAUUUUCUUGAUGUCUGGAAAAUUGUUUAAAGGAUGGGAAAGUGGCCAAGAAAUGAACUUUUCAAGGAAGCUGGGGGACAACAGAUAUCUUGUUGAAGGAAAAGUGAUGAUUUCCAAAGACCUAAUUCAUGAGAGUGUGCCCUACAAGUACUUAAUUGUCAAGCGAAGUACACAAGGCUAUAAGUACACAUAUGAAGUAAUCUACCAGAAAGAUGGAAAUCAGAUGGUCAACAGGUGCCUACAUAUCAGAGAGGACAUCCUAACACAUGAUGGGGAGUGGCACCAGUAUGAUGAUGUGGUCCAUUCUGAGCUGAAGACGAAGUUCUGGUCGAGGGAGUAUUCAACCAAAGAAGUGACUCAAGGGAGAGACCUUGCUGGAAGGGUGAUGCUGAACAUCAUCUUUGAACUUCUUGAAACAUGGAAUGAACCAAAUGUGGAGAACUUCUUUUUACUCCUAAAUCAGUUCUUAAGAACAUACAGCAAUCCUGUACUUCAUGAUGGCAUGGAAAAACCAUGGGGACUGCAAUACGGUACUGAACAGGUGAAAAAUCUUCUCAGAUAUGCUUUGGAUGAAAAUCUCAAUCCCAAGUCUGCGGAGAAUAAAGAAUGCCCCUUGUCACCUCUUCAUUUUGGGGUUGUAAGGUUGCUCAUUUACAACAAGUAUCUGACAAAGGACUUGAAAGAUCAAAUGUCAAGUCUCUGCAGUCUGCUGUGCCUUCCAAAGAAGCCUCAACAUCAUUUCACACCCUUCUGGGAAGAGUUUGCAAGGCCUUUGCCAGAUAAAAACAGAAUUGCAGAUGCUGUUGAGACGCUGUGCAACAGUGCUAAAGAACACCGUGUUGACAAGUGGUUCGUGGUCAUUCCGCUGAUUCACCUACUGAGAGGAGAAAGCAAACCAUUCGAGCCAGUUCCACCUGUCUUCAAUCCACAGUUUGAGUCCUGGACAGGCCUAAAGGGGAUUAAAGGAACAAAUGUCGACAGAGACAGAUAUGCAAGGGGUGUCAACCAGAUCAUGAAAGACCAUGCAUACCUGGCGAACAUUGAUCGUCUUCUUGUGCACUCUUGGAUGUCUCUGCUCCAUUUGGAUGAUUUGAAAAGCUUUGCAGAAAGUGUGCAAGUGGAGCCCCUAGACAUGCUUCAGUACCUACAGUUCAGUGUGAAAUCUGGAAUUAGUUAUUACAACUACGUGGCUUUGAAAGAAAUGGCAUCUCAUCUCAUCAACAAACUUAACCAUCGCAAUAAAAGCUUUGAUGAGCAAUAUGGAGAGUGUUUCCUGAAAACUGCGGGAAGUCUUCUUGGUCUUAUCUGUCAUCACACAACAGAUCCACAAUACUUUGAUGUUCCUCUUGACUUCUUGGAUCUAUUCUGUCUGAUUGCCAAGUUAUACAACCACACUGAUUCCCAGUCAUCAGAGGGAAUUCCUGAGGAGAUAUUCUGGGACACACUGGAAACAGUAAGAAAAUGGCGAAGAAGUAUCUUCAAAAACAAACUACUGAAUGCAUGGACUCAAGUGCAGUUUUCUGUUCCCCAUGAAGUUGAGGUAUGGACAAAGUUACUCUCUCUGUCCUUUCAUCGCGAAGAACACACAAAGUCAUGGAGGAUGGCCUUCACAGAGGAUUUUGAGGGAAAACUGAAAAGGGAAGAACCAGUUGACCAAAUUGGAAUAUACUCCAACAAGAUGGAAGAGUUGAGCGAGACGAGUCCACUGCUGUGCAGCAUAAUGGAGAAAUGCGCACUGGAGGCUAUUGCAGUCGUUUGUCAGGACAAAUCCGGGAGAGCUGUUAAUGAUCUUUUGAAGAAACAUGAUAUCACCAAGUUUGGAAGGCUGAUGUCUGUUGUUGUGCUGAGGACAUGGCCAAAAGAUGCAAAUGGACAUGACAUUGAAGGGGAGGACUUGGUAUUUGAUUACCUUAUCGAGUGGCCCAUGGCAAAUACUGUCUUCAACAUGACAGGUGGAGGAGGCCGACUGAUCAGCAGAUUGUCAGAUGAAGCACAAAUCAGGAUGACUUUAGCGAGUUCAGCUUUUAAAUCUAUGACCCAGAAGUUCCUCAGUGGAGAGAUCCAAAUGAAAACUUUGGAGCAAAUCUUGGAGAAACAUCGAAACUUUGUUGACUUGCUGAAGAUAGAUGGUCUCUGUGAUGAUGAUCGCUGCAAAGAUGACAGAAGCAUCAAAAAAUUAUUGAGACAGAGAAAAGAUGAGGCAGAAGCAAUCCGAAGUGAAAAAGAGCUGGUCAAGACUCUUCUACAUAUCUGCAGGGAACUUCCACAACAUGUCAAAGUUGACUUCAAGGGUCUGGAUGAAAAACUUAAUCAGAACAUUGAGGUGAUGAAUCUUAAUGAGUUUAUGGAGGUUUACACUCUUGAUGGACAGACUUCUCACACAAGUGAGGUCACUUAUUUCAACCUGUGUGACAUCACACGUCAAAUGGCUUCAGAAUUGGAUGACAUUAAAGACAGUGUCAUCUUCAAAAUGUGCUGGAAAAAACGAGUAGAAGAUCUAUCAAGAGAACAAUCUGAUACAGAUGACGGUGAACAUCUCAGUGAAAGUGAGGAAAUCUACACUCUUGACCAGGUCUACAGCAAAAUAUUCCAGACCUGCUACAGCCAGUAUAAAGCUCUAUACGAAGGCCUGAGGAGUGGGGAACUGCCACUGGAAGAAAUAGACUCCAUCCUUGAAGACUAUAAAGGAAAUUAUGAAGAUUUACAGAAAGAUGUACGCAUUAUGUGCAGAACAAAUCCAUCUGAUGACAGAAAAUGGAUCAAAAAAAGGAUUCAACAGAUUGAACAGUACAGCGGUCUUAACAUUGCAAUGGAAUCUGCCCAAAUCAUCAUGGGUAUCAGGAACGCAGUGUGCCCUGAAGGAGACUUCAACUUACUGGAGAAGUUGCUGCAAAUGAAUCAAGAAGACUUCAAGAAAAGCAGCCUGAACUGCAUCGAUGACAACUUCAUAAAAGCAAAAGAGAUGCUGAGUGACAUUACAAAUGAUCGCAAGGAAUGUCUUAAUGAUCUUCGUCUGAGCCUAGAGUUUGUCCAGUGGGUUCAAAAAGAACUUGAAGAUAUAAAUGAGCUGAAAGUUUUUGUUGACCUUGCAUCCAUCUAUGCUGGAGAAAAUGACAUGGAGGUGGACCGCGUGGCGUGCUUUCACGAUGCUGUUCUUGGUUACUCGUCCAUGUUAUAUGGACUGAAGCCGGAUUCUGACUUUGAUGCCUUCAGGGAGUCCCUUACGAAAUUGUGGAAAGCUCUUGAAAAUGACAAAAAAAUACCAGAGAAGUUGCGGGAUACAGCUCGCCAACUGGAAUGGUUGAAGUCUGUAAGGGACAGCCAUGGAUCUGUUGAAUUUUCAUCUCUCUCAUUAGCAGCAUCCAUCAAUGAGAGAGGAGUGUACAUCAUCAAGGCCCAAAAUGAGAAAAGGCUCACUUUAGAGACUUCCCUGAAGCUGCAAAUUGAAGGCGAACAUGAGAAAAGUAUGACAUGCACCUAUGAGGACCUGAAAGAGUUGCAAAACAAGCUUAUGCUCAUGUCUGGAAGAGGGGAACAAAAUCAGAGUGAAGUGGAAUGCUUUGCUGAGGUGUUUGACAAUGUCCAAAGACUUGUCAGAGUAUUUGUCGGCCUUUAUACAGCGGGGAACCCCCUCUUCAAGUGUUGGGAGGCUUCAAUUUUUUGCAAAGCUCAGAGUGACCCAUGCAUCACCAUGGAAAUCCAGUUUUGCCAGAAACUGCAUCACAUCCAAGUAUGUGGAAAUCUAGUUGAACAACUUGCAGCCCUGUCCCAGAAGAUGGAGUUGUUUCUUGAUGACUGGCGAAACUUCAUGAACAAACAGAGAUCUGUUUACUACUACCUCAACUUUUUCACUGCAGAUCAGUUAUUCUACCUGUGCAGUUCUCUGACUCAGACAAAUGUGGAUGUAGAAUUAGAGGAUAAAGCUUUGAUGAUGCUUUCUUUCAUCAAACCAAACUGCACAACAUCAGAUGUCUGGAGAACAUGGAAAAAGUUUCAUGACCAGUUUGAGCCUGGUAAAAGAGGGAAUGAAGAUAUUCCCUUUAAAAGCCACUUCCAUCAUCCUGAUUCUGAUGACAGCCAUGUUUCAGCUAAUGUGAGUCAUUUCACAGCAGAAGGUCCAGCAGAUGGUGAAGUCCAAACUGCUGGUUUGAAAGAACUGGAAGAGUUGUGGAAUGGCUACAUGGAGAAUGAGGGAAUAUUUUUCCAUGAGCUUUUGGACAUAAGAAGUCUAGGAAGUCUAUUAAAAAUGAUGACUGCCACAGAAGACCAAAAUGAAAUCGAUUUUGAGCACCCAAUGCUUUCAGAGACAAAAGACAGCUCACUCCGAAGAAGUCUCCCAAAAGGCCUUCACCCAAGCCAACCAAAUCUUAUAAUUUGCCCUCAUGACGAUGUCCUGACUUCGAGUAUCUGCCUGUAUAUGACUAACGAGUAUGAGCCACUGCCAGGUUAUGAUGAGGUCCUGUUGUGUACCCCAGCAACAUCUCUUGAGCAAGUUGAGCUGUUUCUGAGGAGAUGUCUCACACCAGGUGACAUAGGACAGAAGAUUUACACAAUGCUGUGGGCAGACCAACUAACCUAUGAUGUAAGCUGUGCAAUGGAGAAAUGUUUUCAGGAACUGCAUUCCCUGUUUAAACGUGAUCCCAGGCUAGUGAUCUUCUGCAGCUCGGAGAGGGAGCACACUUACAUUCCCACUGCGUUCAGCCAGUGUAAAAGAGACUUUGUGCCACAAGAGUCACUGGAAAGGAUCCAGAAGUACUUGUCCAGGCAUUACACUUUGCCCUCAGAUCACAAGAGUGCUUGGUUCAAAGGUGACCAUUCUGUUGGCAUUGUUGCCUCCCAGCGUGCAGGAGUAGGCAAGUCACUGUAUGUCCAAAGACUGUAUGAAAAGCUGGAGGGAAGUGUUGAAAAUGGAACUGCAUUGAAGAAGUGUAUCCGAGUAACUGAGCGUGAGGUCAAUGAGCACAAAGUCCUCCAGUCUUUGUACGAAACACAGAAACAAGGAGAACUCAAGAUGUUUCAUUUUGAUAUCACAUCAUCGGUACAAAAAGGCUUGAAUGAAUUCCUAUUCAAGCUUUUCUUUUUGCGGUACCUGAUGGAUUCAGAUGGACAGAUGUGGCGCUGCAGCCACAAAGAUUUGUACAUUGUCGAGUUACUGGAAUCCACAAAUCUUCAGCCCAGUUGUGCAUCUAAGUCUGGUCCAAAGGAAAGCUUUGCAUUCUCUGACAUUUUCCCUAAGGUGAAUUGUCGUUCACCAAAGGAGGUUAUGGCCUCGGAGAUGAGGAGAGAGAAAAAUGCUGAAGAGAUGAGCGACGACCCCCUCAUGGAUGACAAAUGUUUCAGGAGUGAAGUUUAUCAAAGGCCAUACCAGUACCUCACACGUUUUCACAACAACAACAGUCUUGACAACUUCACUUACCAUGGCGUUGAAGGGACUCAUGCCGAGUGUCUUCAGAUACUCUUAAUCUACUGUGGCAUAAUAGAUCCAUCUUGGGCAGAGCUACGUAACUUUGUCUGGUUUCUGAACUUUCAGUUGCAGGACUGUGAGAAUUCCGUCUUCUGCAAGUCUGAGUUUGUUGAAGACACUCUUCAAGGGUUCAAAAACUUUGUGGUCGAGUUCAUGAUCUUGAUGUCCAAAGACUUUGCAACCCCAUCACUAUGCAUCACUGACCAAAGCCCGGGGAGGUCACAAAUUGACAUUAGUGGCCUUAAUGAGCAAGAUUUAGCUCCAUUCCUCAUUAGGAAAAGAUGGGAAUCUGAACCACAUCCAUACAUCUUUUUCAAUGAUGACCGCACUUCCAUGACUUUCAUUGGAUUUCAUCUGGAGCUCAAUAACCAGAGAGGGGUGGACGCCAUAAAUCCAUUGACACGAGAAGUGAUCAAGAGAAACAUCAUGACACAGAAGCUGUACACUGGCUUAAGCGUUCAGGGAGUGCCUUUUAAUAGGGACUUCGACCAGCUUUCCAGAUCUGACAAGAUUGAGCAGCUGUGUAGUGUGCUCGGCAUCAAGGGGUCUACAGAUCCUGAUGAAACAUAUGAACUCACCACAGAUAAUGUCCUAAAGAUGAUGGCGAUCCAUAUGAGAUUUAGGUGUGGCAUUCCGGUCAUUGUAAUGGGUGAGACAGGAUGUGGCAAGACAAGGCUAGUGAAGUUCAUGUGUGAAUUAAGAAAGUGUGCAGCACAAGCAGAGAAUAUGAAACUGGUCAAGGUUCACGGAGGAACUACAUCAGAAAUGAUACACGACAAAGUGAGGGAAGCAGAAGAACUUGCGCGAACCAAUAAAGAGAAUCAUGGAUUUGACACAGUUCUUUUCUUUGAUGAGGCAAACACCACAGAAGCCAUUAGUAGCAUCAAAGAGAUCAUUUGUGAUAAAACUGUGGAAGGACAACCACUUGACUCUGAAACAGGACUUAAGAUUGUUGCUGCAUGCAACCCCUACAGGAAGCAUACAGACAACAUGAUUGACAGGCUGGAGGCAUCUGGAUUGGGCUACAGGGUCAGGGCUGAGGAAACUGAGGACAGACUUGGCUCCAUCCCUCUCCGCCAGCUUGUGUAUCGGGUUCAUGCGUUACCCCCCAGUAUGAUUCCUCUAGUUUGGGACUUUGGGCAGCUCAGUGACUUAUCAGAGCAAAUGUACAUUGAACAAAUAGUACAAAGACAGACAAAGACCAUCCAAGUUGAGAAGAGCUAUGCUACUACUAUAACUAAAGUGUUGUUGUCAUCACAGAAGUUCAUGAGGGAGAGGAAAGACGAAUGCAGCUUUGUCAGUUUGAGAGAUGUUGAACGAUGCAUGCAGGUGUUUGUGUGGUUUCACAGGAAUCACCCAAUAUUUGCAGAAGAACUCAAAACAUUUCUUCGGAAGCAAAGUCAGAGGGAAAAAAACAAAACAAAGUUUCCACCUGCUGAUGACAGAGUAAUAUGGUCACUCUUGAUGGCCACCGGAGUGUGCUACCAGGCCUGCUUGGAGAAAAAAGGGCCAUAUCUGCAGGCUAUCAAACAGUGGCUUCCUCGUGUUUACAACCCAGAGAGAGUACUGCAGGAAAUUCAACUCAUGCAGGACCUCCUACUUAAUGGUGUACCCAUGGGAAAGACAAUAGCCAGAAAUGAGGCUUUGAAAGAAAACUUCUUCAUGAUGGUGAUCUGUGUUGAGCUAAGAAUUCCCUUGUUUAUUGUUGGGAAGCCUGGGAGCUCCAAAUCCCUGUCCAAAACCCUUGUUGCGGAUGCAAUGCAGGGCCCAGCCUCACACUCUGAACUUUACAAGAGGCUGAAGCAGAUACAUCUGGUGUCCUUCCAGUGCAGCCCUCAUUCAACUCCUGAGGGGAUCAUCAACACAUUCAAACAGUGUGCCCGCUUUCAGGAAAACAAAAACUUGGACGAGUACAUCUCAGUAGUCGUUCUUGAUGAGAUUGGAUUAGCUGAAGAUUCCUGUAAGAUGCCACUGAAAACACUCCACCCGUUACUCGAAGAGGGUUGUGUGGAUGAUGAACCACAACCACACAAAAGGGUCGGGUUCAUUGGAAUUUCCAACUGGGCACUUGACCCUGCAAAGAUGAAUCGUGGAAUAUUUGUGUCCCGUGGUGAUCCAAACCAGAAAGAGCUCAUCAAAAGUGCCGAAGGGAUAUGCGCGUCUGAACAACAGAUCCUGAAAAAGAUCGACCACCUUUUUGAGCCCUUUGCGAAAGCAUAUAUGACUAUAUGUGAAGAAGGGAGGGGCUUUUUUGGUCUGCGAGACUUCUACAGCCUCAUAAAGAUGAUAUUUUCUAUUACUAAAGCCAGUAAUGAGAAACCCACCCCAGAUGAAAUCACUGGAGCAAUCCAGAGAAACUUCAGUGGAAAAGAUGAUGUGGAUGUGAUGGACAAAUUCAGCAGAGAACUCAGAGAAGACUUUGCCAGUGCCUCCAUCUCCACCAAUGAUUUGAUCAAUCAAGUCAUUUCCCCGGCUUGCCAAGUUGAUGAAAGUCGUUACCUCUUAAUCCUCACAAAAAACUAUGCAGCUCUGCAGAUUCUGGAACAGAUAUUCUUCACGCACCAAAUCCAUCCGGAGAUUAUCUUUGGUUCCAGUUUUCCAAAGGAUCAAGAGUACACACAGAUUUGUAGGAACAUCAAUCGUGUCAAGAUUUGCAUGGAGACAGGACAGACAGUCGUGCUUCUAAACCUUCAGAAUCUGUACGAAAGUCUGUAUGAUGCUCUCAACCAGUACUACGUGACCCUGGGAGGACAAAAGUACGUGGAUCUUGGAUUAGGAACACAUCGUGUGAAAUGCAGAGUUCACAGAAACUUCAGGCUCAUUGUCAUUGAAGAGAAAGAGGUGGUGUAUGAGCAGUUCCCAAUCCCACUGAUCAACAGGUUGGAGAAACAUUACGUUGACAUCAACACUGUUCUCAGAGACGAGCAGAAGGAAAUUGUCAAACAGUUGCAGGGCUGGGUUGAUUAUUUCGUGUCAUCUAGUAGUCAACACGACACGAUGAAGAAAUAUCUUCCAAGUGAUGUCUUCAUUGGAUAUCACUCAGACACAUGUUCCUCCGUGGUCCUUCAAGUGACAGAGAAUGACAGAGCGGAAACAGAUGCUCAGACCAUUCUGGAAAAAGCCAAAGCCAUUCUGCUCAACUGUGCCACUCCAGACUCAGUUAUUCGUUUGGACAACUCCAAGCUGCCUGAUGAGGAACAAGAACAUUUAAUGAAAGAAUAUGUCAAAGAAGAGAUGCACAGUUCAUUGGGAGACUACAUUGUCUAUCAGAAAAAGCAGGUUGAAGAGUCCCAGUUUUUCUUCACUGAGGUCACAACAUUUUCCAGGCUUCUGACUGCAGCAGACACGCUGAAACUGCAAAAUAAGAUCAAGCUUGACAACAUCCAUCUGUUGUCACUGCAGCAGUUCGACACAGAGUACUCCUUCCUCAAGAAAAUCAGGGAAUGUCUUGGCUCAACACCUGCAGACCAAGUGCUCGUUAUCCAAACAGACUAUGAGGAAGAUGCUCGCAAGAGAAAAGUUUUUUCAUCAGCCAAGUAUGCAUGCAUCAAUGAGAUAAACAAGUUGGCUACAACUGACAACGCAAAGCCACUUGUGUACUUUGUCACCAAACUCCCUCGGAUUGAGGGUGGGACCUCAUAUGUUGGGUUUCAAGGAGGUCCUUGGAGGUCCGUGCACAUUGAUGAUCUCAGAAGAUCAAACGAGUUUGCGACGGAUGUUUACUUUUUGAAAAAUCUUUGCAUCAGCGAGAUUUUUGAAGAUCCACCAGAGGCCAUGGAAACAGAAGAUGCUGAUGUGCCACAAAAUGACGACUCCACUGUGUUGGAAGAUUUAUUUGAUGUAGCAAAUCUGUUGAGAAGCUGUGUACAGAGUGCAGUGAGCAUGCUCAGAGAUACAGCUGACAGUUCAGAGCUCAGCACAAAGCGGGUGGAGAACCUGCUCACACUUCUGGAUGAAGGUCACAUGGAAGGUGUGUUCGCAAACACCAUGAGGAAGCGUAUCCACUCGCUGUUGAAGGACUACGAGGCCAACAUUCACAACCCAAAAAGCUGGGUUCUAAGAGAGGCUUCUAAUGUCAGUGCUCUGCAGGAGGGUGGAACAUUCCUGCACACACUGUGGAGGAAGAUACAAGCAGUUGUCACUCCACUGCUCGCUAACUUGGUCUCAGUCAUUGACCAGGAUUGCAAUUUGGAACUUCUUGUGAACGGAUGUGAUGACAUCAAAAACCUGUGGCUCCAUAUUUUUGGGAGCAAAGAGAUGCUCAUUGUACCGUAUGUGAGGGAUGAAAGCAGUUCCAGUGUCAUUACGGUUCAAAGCCAUUCCACAGGCGGCAGCCCCAUGUGCUGCUGUAUGCCCUUCAGCUGGUGGAUCAAAGACUUCCUGGAUGGACUCAUGAUGCAAACAUCCAGACAUGAUAAUCCUUCUCCAGGUCAGAUGAUGGAGUUAUUCUGGAACACUCCACUGGGCAGGUCCAUGAAUGAAAAUGUAAAUGAAGAACAGAAUGAAGAAUUCUUUCAAAGGUAUCUACAGGAUUUUGUUUCCAUGACUUUCAAAGUGGCAUCUGAUGAAGAGCUACAGCUCAUGCGUGAUGCUCUGGCCAGCUGUGUUGAUGAAGUCAAGAGACGAAAAAGAGAUGAAGAUAAGCUUUCUCUUCCUCUUGUGCACAUCGCCUACCGUGUCUUCCAAAGCCGUCUUCAGAACCUCACACGCAUGUUAGCUCUUCAGCCUGCUGUUGUGACUCCUUUAAGAAGAAACCAGCACAUUAGAAACUGUCCAGAGAUGGUUUUGGAUGUGUAUGCAGCCCAGGCAUGCGUUGAAUGUCUGGAGACUCCUAAACUUGACGCUGACGCUUUCUGCCAGGACUGGCUUAAGCAGGUAAAGAGGCUGCAGGCCUCUUUGGAGAUGAUUUGCUCUCAACGACAUCAUGGACAGAGAUGCAUAGAAAGUCUCCAAAAAGUCCGCAAUGGCUGGAAGCGCAUCUACAUUCUCUCACUGUUUGUGGAACACAUGCUGCUAGGUCUUCAAAAUGAUGAGAACCAGCUCAGGACACUGGUCCAGAAACACAUUCAAACUUUAAGCAGAGUUCUGGAGGGAAAUGCAGAUGUUAAAUCAAUGAACCCUUUUGAGGCUGUAAUUAAAGUACUCAAGUCCUGCAAGCAGAGUGCAAGUAACCUGAUUUUCAAGUUUGGACUUGAAUGUGUGUGUUUGAGGGAGCCUCAGGACCCUGUGGAACUGCCAUGCCAUCACAUCUUCUGCUUGACAUGCAUCAAGAAGAGUCUUGAAGCAGGAAACACUUCCUGUCCCAUGUGCAGACAUGAGUUACCGGAUAACUUUCAGCCGCAUGUCUCUGAAGAAGCCAGGGUGUCUGUCAAGAAAAAUGCAGAGUUCAGGCGGCGUUGCAACGGUUUCUUCAUCGAUUUGCUCUCAACUGUGUGCUUCAAGGACAACACUCCACCAAACAGAGGUGUCAUCGACCACCUGCUGUCCUACCUGACGGUUAAGACAGAACAUACACAGGUUCAAACCAAAGAUUUGUCACCUUUUGAUGAGUCCCCUGACAAAAACCCAGUUGUGCGAUCUGUGAUCCUCAAGCUGCUGCUGAAGUUCAGCUUUGAAGAUGUCAAGGAAUAUUUGCAGCAGCACUUGUCAUCUGUAGAAGACAGCAGGUUUGUGGAGGAGGAUAAAGCAGAGCUUUACGCUCUGUACAUCAACUGCUUUGAGGACUCCAUGUGGGAGAAAAUGCCUCAAGGAGACAACAAAGCCGAAGAGCUGAUGUCAUUCACCAAAGAUGAAACACAAUUCCUGAAAUUGUUUUUAUCUGAUGUCACACCCGUGCCAGAAAAGGUGUCAGUCCAAUAUCUUCAGUACAUUGCAAGGCUGCGUCUGUGCCUUACCUUGGCUGCUCAGCUCAUCAGUGACAAUAUAUCAGAUGGAGCAGAAGAUUUCCUGAACAUGGUGAUAAAGCUCUGCGAGGAGGGUGGGAAUGAUUGGUAUCGGGUUUACCUGAUUCGCAAGCUCAGCGAACGGCAGGGUGUGGAAUUCGUUCAGACUCUGGUGAAACAACAAAAGUUCAGCUGGCUUUUUCCUGCAGAGAUACAUCAACAGAAUGAAGAUGGAGGACUGAUGGACCAGUUUCUUGUGUACGGAGAAGAGUACAAGACGGUGAGGGAUGCAGUUGCCAAGGCAGCAGUGGAUGGUGAUGUAAAUCAAAUAGAAGAAGCCUUAGAGAAAUGCACUGCACCACCAAGGAAUCGAACAUUGUUCAUGCUCCUGGCACUUUUCCGAGAGGUAACAACUCUGUACAGGUCUGCAAAUAGAGGUCUUCCCCCGACACCUGAGCAAUGCCAAAAAUUUGAGGAGCUCAUCGAGGGCUCAAGAUAUCUGCCUCAGAAAGAAGUGAGGGACUUUGCCUCAGCCUUGGUUCACAACAGACUGGGAGCCCUGGCCAUGAACCCUAACCACACUGCCACAUACAAUGCUGUUGUUGAGCUGACUGUUCACUUGGCAGCAGUGCUGCUCACGGGGACUCAGCCCCUGGUGAUGCCACUCAAGCAGCUUGGUCUGUCUCCUGAAAAUAUGCAGGGGGCAUUUAUACCCACAAUGCCUGAUGACAUGUUAGCAGUUGCCCAGACAAUCAUACAGCAAGUCUAUGGGAGGGGUGCUUGGUAUAGGUGUCCAAAUAAUCAUCCGUGCUUUGUUGGUGAGUGUGGCAUGACCAUGGAGAAAGGCAAAUGUCCAGAUUGUGGCCUAGAGGUUGGGGGAGAAAAUCAUACAGCCCUGCCUGGAUUCGAACGAAUUGAGCUGCAGCAGGAUCAGACGAAGCCUGGCCACAUCUUGGGGGAUCCAGAACAGAGAAACCACCCAGACACCAAGAACAUGUCUCUGGCUCCCUUCACUCUGGUCAGACUGGUUACACAUUUGGCCAUGCUGCUGGGAGCCUCAGCGAAGCCCCAGUCUUUCCAGAACAUCAUCCAGCCACCUGUGGAGGAUUCUUGUCAGUUUCUCAGCCUGCACAUAUUAAAGGAUAUGGAUCAGCUGUCACAGACACUGGGGAGAGGUGCUGACCACACUGUAACAAUCAUCCACCUGGUGCUCAGAUCACUGCAACAGCUGUCGCAGACAAGUCACACUGAUACCGAUCCCGGCCUGACUACAAAAGCAUCCAGAAACAACUGGGAGAAAACAGUGUCUGCAGACAUCAUGACUCCUCAGUUGAGGGAUCUAGAUCGGCUCCUAGAGGAAGUGAAGGAGAGCAUCAGAACCGACUCCCGUGUUUCCUCCAACUUAAUCAUGAGGAUGGCUUUCACUGAUGACUGCUCCUUCCUGACAUCAUUGGCACAAGGCUCUCAAGUCCACAGCUCAGCUGUGUGGAGCUGCAGAGAGAAGCUGUCAUUGCUCAGUCUCAUACACAUCGUGGAGCAGCAUGGUCAAAAGGAGGAGCUGCCUCUUCUGUGGAGGUUCCUGCAGAAGGAGAAAGAAUUUCAGCAGAUAAAGCAUCUUUCAGACAUCCUUAUCCUGCAGAAAUUCUUGGUGAGGAAGUUCCAGAACGCAUCAGAUCAAGUAACAGGCUCCAUCAGAGAUUUCAUCGAGAAGCAAAAAGAUUUAAUGUCAUGGUUUGAGAAACACAUCGACACCUUCCUGAAAACAUGGAAUCUGCUCAGAGUGUCCGUAACCAGCAAUGAGAUGAGGAUACCAGCUGAAUUUUGCAGUGAUGAUCUGAGUCUGGACAGCGACCUGCAGUACCUUCUGCCCCGCCGACAGGGUCCAGGACUGUGUGCCACAGGGCUGGUCAGCUACCUAGUGUCGCUGCAAAACGAGCUGGUGAAUGCUGUGGACAAUCAAACUGGAGAGGACAGCAGCAGUUACAGGGUGAGUUUGGCAGAGCUCACAGAGCAGCAAGUGAUCCGCUACGAGCUGGACAAAGACCUGCUUCCUCUGGUUCUAUCCAACUGCCAGUACAGCUUGGAACGGGGCCAUGAGACAAUAUCACAUUAUGAUCUGCCCAGGAUCCAGCAGCAGAUCCUCACCCGCUUCCUGCGGGGGAAACCCAUCAUCACCCGCAUAGGGAUUCCCACUCUGGUCAAAACACAAGAGAGAGACUAUGAAUCCAUUUUCAGAGCUGUGAAAGGAAAAGUGCGACAGGACACUCUGCCCCUUCUGAUCCGGAACACCGUGUCCAGAAAGCUGGAUUCCUACAGCGAGGUGUGUGAGGCGUUCAAGAUCGUGGAACUGCUCCUGGGUUUCCUCUCAAUGACAGGUGGUGAUCCCACGAUGCCGCUGGUCACUUACCUCCGGGACGUCCUGAAAAUGGCAGACCACAUUGAUCAACACAUAUUGCAGGCUCUGGGCAGAUGCACCCUCGGACACUGUGUUUCUCUGUGGCAGCUCCUCGCCUCCCUCAAAUCUGAGACCAUGCUGCAUCUCAAGAGGGAGCCCUUUUCAGAGUAUCCAGCUGAAUACCAGAAUCCGCUGAACGAGGAAGAGAAGAUCGAGCUCAAACGUUUCCUGUCCGGGGGGAACACGGACCAAUGGCUGCUCGAGAUACACGAGUUCCUCCUGUUGAGACUGGGCCGCCUGAGAGCUACAGAGGAUUACAAUCCUUCAUGGAGUGUGAAGGAGACUGUGACUCCCUACAUGGACGAUAAAGAGGUGGAGGUGCCUCAGUAUGUGGAGGAAAAGUUCCCUGAAAACCUGAAGUUGUCUCAGAUUGUGGAGGUUUGGAAGUACUCCGUCACAGUCAGGCAGGAGUUGAUGGAGGGAUGAGCUGGAUGUGUGUGAGAGGUGUGAGUUAACCAGAUGAAUCAUAACACCAGUUUACUUUUUCAGAUGAUGUGUGAAGGAUUACAAAAGUGCUCUUAAGAUUUUUUAAACAUGAAUAUUCCUUACGUAUUCUUAUCUCUCAGUUUGUCAUUUUUAUUAAUAUUAGAAAUUCAAAGUGUCACUGUCCGAGCCUUACUUGAAGGAUCUCUCAGGAUCUACUCAGGAAAUGUUGAAGUUCUGUCGAGCCUGUGCCGAGUUUGAGUUUAUCCUUCCCAAACUUGGGAUUCUUUUUUUCUCCUUGAGUAAUUUCUUUAAUCUGAUUGGCAAAGAACUGUGACCAUGCAGAUUUCUCUUUAAUGUUUCUUUCACAUUUAAAUGAAGUACUCACAGUUUACACUUAUAUAUGGAACUGACUGUGAUUUUCUUUUGAUAUGUUUGAGUCUGUUUGCUGAUGUUUAAAAGUCUGGACAUGGAUGCAAGCUUCACUGGAGCUUUCAAGUUUCAAGUUUCAGAAAACAAUCAAUGAUAUAUAAAAACAUGUCUCUUCAGGAAAAUGAUGUACCAAUAAAGAAUUAUUGUUCAUACAAUGAAUAAUUUGUCUUAAAGGA